AAAUUAAUGUCAACACUUUUUGUGCAAAAAUGUGAGCUUCAAAAUCAUCAAAUUCAAGUGUCUGUAAAUGUCUCUUUCCUGUUAUUAUGAAUUUACAUGUUAAAGUGGUACAACAUCCUGUAUAGGGGUGAUUUAUCUGUGUCAGUGGUAGGGCUGUACACGUGUAGCGGAAAUUGUGUCCAUUGUCCAGCUGGUUGCUCAAUCAAUGGGAGAGCGCCCGUCUAGAGUUCAGAGUGGCACAACAACCCGUAAAGGAUUGUUUUAUCUGUGUCAGUACUUGCACGUGGUAGGGAUGGAAGUUGCUCCUGUCACAUAUCACCAAUGGCCUACCCUAUCUUUUAAACGGUUUGAAUAAUGUCAUCAGGUCAACCAGAUCCAACAAAGAUGCCUACAGACAACAAACCUCAAGAUAAUACUUCUUCUGAAAACCAAUCGGAAACAAGUUUAUGUGAGGAAACACCUUGCAACCAAUCAGAAAGAUGCUUACAUGAUGAAAGGACACCUGUCAACCAAUCAGCAAGAUGCUUUCAUGACGAAAGGACACCUGUCAACCAAUCAGCAAGAUGCUUGCAUGACGAAAGGACAACUAUCAACCAAUCAGAAAUAUGCUUGCAUGACGAAAGGACACCUAUAAUCAACCAAUCAGAAAAAUGCUUGCAUGAUGAAAGGACACCUGUAAACCAAUCGGAAAGAUGCUUGCACAAUGAAAGGACACUUAUUGACCAAUCAGAAGAAAGGUGUUCAAAUCCAUGCAAAAGGAAAAGAGUAGCAUUAACUGAAUAUUUGGAUAAAACUGAUGAUUUCAAUUGCUAUUUUGAAUCUCUUCCAAAGACAGAAAAAGCUGAUAGUAAAACUUGUGCAAACUUUCUAAUUACUGAGUCACCUAGUGCAGAAAGGUUAUCUCAAGUUCAAAGUUCAUCUAGAGUGGAAAGGUCAGAAUGGCCUGAAAGGUCAACUAUUUUAGAAAGGUCGUCUUGGGUUAAAGGGUCAUCUAGUACAGAAAUAUCAAGUCAGCUUCAUUCAUCAAGUGCAGAAAGGUCAACUUUGUAUACACUUGCUUCACCUUCAGACAGGUCAAGGUCAUUUGGAAUAACCUCUUCCCACCCAACGUGUCAAGAAAAUAAUCAUGAUUGUGAGUCGGACAAAACUUUAGGUAGUGAGUUUCAUUGUCCUAUAUCUGAUGUAGGCUUAGAUUCUGAUAAUGACAUCUGUGAUACCGGGACAGAAAAUAAUACAACUUCACAUCUUCAGCGUGUUUCUAGUCAAACUAUAUCACACGGGGAUGAUGAGACUGGGGAAGCCUCACAUUCGUUUUCCUCUUCGAAGGAACAUCUACCCAGUAAAGAUCAUUUGUCAAAUCAAAGUGCUUAUAGUGACAUGGAUAUUAUCACAACUUCCAGCUCAAAUCACAAUGAUCUUCAUUCUGUCGCGGACAACUAUUGGUUUUCAUCUUCAGCAUCUUCCGCAUCAGCAUCAGCAUCAUCUUCAUCUUCCGUCUCAUCACCAAGAAAGUCUUUUUCUAUAUCGAGUGCUACAGCCUCAUCUUCAUCAAAACCAGUUAAACUAUCAGUUCCUACUGAAGUUUCAAAACCUUUGUUAGACACAGAAGCAUCUUCAUCAUCAAUUCCAAUGUCAUCUACACAAUCACCGAAACAAACAUUUUCAAUAUCCGUGUCGUCGUCUACAUCUUCAACGGCACAGAUGCCCAAUUUACUGGGAGAUUUUUCUCAGCCAGAAGUUGUAUCGGAGCCGAUGCUAGGAUUCCCACGGCUCAUCGUAAACCGUUUUGAAAUUCCUACGAAAAAGGAAAAAAGUAGUAACGCAGAUUGCUCAACUUUGUCAAAAUCUUGCGAAGAUGAGUGUGAUACAGUCAAUUCGAUCUUCAACUUCAAAAUCCCGUCGUAUUUACUGAUCCAGAUUUUCCAACAUCUGUCGAUGUAUGAGCUACUACAUAACGUUUCUAGUGUAUGUAAGUUAUGGUACACCAUCUCUCAUGACCCUGACCUUUGGCGUGUCAUUGACCUUCGGAAUCAGCUCAAGGUCACUGAUGUGGUUAUCACCAACUUGACGUCUUACAGCGACCGGGUGAUCUACUUGAAUAUUUCUGAUAUUGGAACAAUAUCUGAAGACUGUCUGGUCCAAACUGUGAAGACCUGUAUUCACUUGAGCACGAUAAUACUUUCCAGGUGUAUGUCAGUGGCGACGAACAAGGUGCUCGCAGCUAUCGGCGAACAUUGCCACAAUCUCCGAAACAUUCAUCUUGAAGUUUGCUACAAAAUCACAGAUGCAGGUUUUAAAGAUUUGGCUGUUGGUUGUCCGAAGCUUGAGAGUGUUCACAUCAGCCAAUGUACGAAUAUUGGUGAUAAAGGACUGGCGUGUCUCGGGGAACAUUGUCCACUCCUGGAGAGAUUGUCGGUAGACAGUUGUGUUAAGGUCCAGAAUGAGGGAAUCAUUGCAUUGGCCAAUGGCUGUCCAGAACUCCGGGUAAUCAACCUUCACAGCAGCAGUAUCGGCGACGUGGGAGCUUAUCAGCUUCACAAACUGAAAUUUUUACGGACUUUAGACUUGUCUGGUUCAAACGAACUAAGCCUACGGACCGUUUGUGCGAUCACCCAAAACUGCUCACAGCUUGUAUGCCUGAACCUCUCUCUGAACCAAAACGUGGACGACAGGUGUAUGGAGACGGUAGCCCUGCACUGUACGAAUCUAAAAAAACUGUACUUAGUGUCAUGUAACAUCACAGAUACAGGACUAGAAUUCCUGGGCAGGCACAGUCGGAGCUUGGAACAUUUAGACAUAGGGUGGUGUCACUCCGUCACGGACGCUGGGGUGCAGUUUGUCUCCGAACGUUGUACAGCGUUGCGAUACAUCGGACUUAUCCGGUGUGACCAGGUCACUGCUGAUGGUAUUGAGAAACUCGUGGACAAGUACCCGCGUGUUACCUAUUCCACUUUCAUCCUGGAGUCGAGAAAAAUUAUUGAAAUGGCAAGGAAUCAAGGUUUCCAGUUUCCUGUCAACAGCGAUAAUGAGAAACCAAACUUUCUGUUAUAAGACGAAAUGAUGGAAACUCUGUUGGUACACAUUUGCACACAUCUAGCAGGAUGUUCUAAAAAUAGAACGGUUGAGCAGAUUUCUUUCCAUUUCAUGCUGGUAUGAACGCAAAUCGGUUACAUACACAUUAAUCAUGAAGCCAGCAUAAAAUUGAAAAAAUGUCAUUCAGUCUUUACCUGGUAUACACACAUUUUAACUAUUUACUGUAUACCGGGAAAGUUUUUUGCCCUUCGAAGAUAAAAUUCCAUUCUGCCCAGCAUUAAAUAAGCCAUUCACUUUUGAUUGCAUGUAUAUUUUGUUGUUUACAAAUGUUCACUGUAAUGACAAAUUCACUCUCAUUACACCUAAAGUCACAUUUGGACUCUUCCAAUACAAUGGUUGGAAUAGUCCAUUACAAAUUUGCAAGGGUGAAUGAGUUAA